UCUCACACCUCCGUCCACCACCGUCUUCCUCCUCACCUUAAAUUCUCUCUCUCAUCCCCUCUUUCUCUCUCUAAAUUCACCUUCUGGGUUUUCUUUUUCCAUCAUAUUUUUGCAAAAUUCUCUGAUCAUACAAGAAAUUAACAAAAACUACAAGUGGGUGUUGCAGAUUUUAGUGUUCUCUUUUCUUUGUUCAAGUUGACCGGAAGUUUGACCGUAAAAUUUACCGGAAAGUUGAUCGACAAGUGGGUGUGGUGGUUCUUGAUGGCUGGAAGUAAUGAAAUUAACGCAAAUGAGGCCAAGAAAGUUGUUCCACUUCACACAUGGAUCUUAAUAUCAAAUUUCAAGCUAGCAUACAACAUGCUCCGGCGACCGGACGGCACAUUUAACCGGGAAUUAGCCGAGUUUCUGGACCGGAAAGUGUCCGCAAACACGGUUCCGGUCGACGGUGUGUACUCCUUUGACGUGGUGGACCGGUCCACCAGUUUGGUGAACCGGGUUUACAGAUGUGCUCCUAAGGAAGAUAAUACCGGCCAGCAGCUCGGCGCCGGGGUUAUAGAACUCGAAAAACCGCUGAGCACAACGGAAAUUGUUCCUGUUGUGAUAUUUUUUCACGGUGGGAGUUUUACGCAUUCAUCUGCGAAUAGUGCGAUUUAUGACACGUUUUGUAGGCGGUUAACCGGGCUUGUUCAAGGGGUGGUGGUUUCGGUGAACUAUAGGCGGUCACCGGAGCACCGGUAUCCGAGUGCUUAUGAAGACGGUUGGGAGGCUUUGAAGUGGGUGCAUUCAAGAUCAUGGCUUUUGAGUGGGAAAGAAUCUAAAGUUCAUGUUUAUUUAGCCGGGGAUAGCUCCGGUGGGAACAUUGCACACCAUGUUGCUCAUCGCGCUGCAAUGAGCAACGUGGAGGUGCUCGGGAGCAUAUUGUUGCAUCCGUUGUUCGGCGGGGAACAACGGACGGAGUCCGAGAUGAAACUCGAUGGGAAGUAUUUUGUUAAGUUGCAAGAUAGAGAUUGGUAUUGGCGCGCGUUUUUGCCCGAAGGCGAGGAUAGAGAUCAUCCCGCGUGUAACAUAUUUGGUCCUCGUGGGUCGAGUCUUUCGGGGCUUAACUUUCCCAAAAGUCUAGUAGUCGUGGCCGGGCUGGAUCUUGUUCAAGACUGGCAAUUGGCGUAUGUCGAAGGGUUGAAAGAGUCCGGGCACGACGUGAAGCUUUUGUUCUUGGAGAAAGCGACGAUCGGGUUCUAUUUUUUGCCAAACAAUGACCAUUUCUACACGUUGAUGGAGGAAAUGAGGAACUUUGUCCGAAGUUAAAACUCAUGGGAUCGAAGAACCCGAAGAACACACAAGACAGUCGUUUGACAUUUUUACUACUAGUACUAAUUUUCUUGAGGUUUGUUGGAUUUAAAUGUGGGAUUUCUUGGUAAGAAAAGUCCCUACAAAAUUUGAAGGUUUAUAUAGGUUGUUAAUGGAAGCUAACUUUGAAGAACAACAGUGGCACUUGUUUUGUAAUAGCACCAAGUAUUAUUUCAUUUUGUUGAUCUAUUACAAGUAUAUAAGUUAUAAACGUUUGUGUCGUUGGUUUA